AUGCCAAGGGAAUGGGGGGGGGUCUGGUUUAUAGUGAGUCCCUCGGAGCAGUUUUUGUGGCUUCCCCCUCCUCUACCUCCCGAAUCCCUGCGAUCUUCUGUCCUUGUCUUUUGCUCCCCUGUCCAAGCAGAACCGGUGGAUGUCCUUAAAGUGCUGCAGCUGCAGAAUGAGCCGGAAGGGGUCCGCAAGACAACAGGAUUCUGUCCCAAGAGGCGCUCAGGAUCAGGGCCAGAUGUGGCCUACCGGAUAUCGAGGCAGGCCCAGAUCAGCACUCCCACGAGGCAGCUCUUCCCAGGUAAAUUCCCAGAGGACUUCUCUGUCAUGGCACUGGUGAAACCCAAGUCCGGCCUGCAGGCCUUCUUGCUGUCUGUCUACAACCAACAUGGCAUCCAGCAGUUGGGGGUGGAGCUCGGCCGCUCGCCCGUCUUCCUCUACGAGGACCAGAACGGCCGUCCGGCCCCCGAGGACUACCCGCUCUUCCGAGGCAUCAACCUGGCUGACGGCAAGUGGCAUCGCGUGGCACUGAGCGUGAGCAAGAAGCAGGUGACCCUCUUCCUGGACUGCAAGAAGAAAAUGUCGCGGCCGCUGCCCCGGGGCAACCAGCCAGUCAUCGACACCCGGGGCAUCACCGUCUUUGGCACCCGCAUCCUAGACGAGGAAGUCUUUGAGGGCGACAUCCAGCAACUGCUGAUCUCCUCCAGCCCCCAGUCAGCCUAUGACUACUGCGAGCACUACAGCCCGGACUGUGAGGGGGUGGUCCACAAGCCCCAGGCCCAGGAGGCCCCGAAGCCAACCGUCAGGCCCCAGUUUGGCCCAGGUAGGAACCUUCUGCGGUCAGCCUUCCGGCCAGAGAGCAUUUCCUGCGGCUGUCAAUCGAAGGCCUUUAAGAAGGAAGAAAAAAACCCCAUUUCUCUUGCUUUCCUUCAGUACUCUGAGGAGGAUGGAGAGGACUAUUACGGGUAUUCCUACUAUUACGGGCCUAGCAAGGAUGGGAUGGCGUCUCCCUCGGUGCCUCUGGGGGGAACCAGUGAGCAGAAAGCGGCCAAGGGCAAGACCCCCGCCAAACCCAAACCGAAGCAGCCCCAGAAACGCCAGUUAAUGGGCACGUCGCCCAGCUAUGCCAAGACGGGGACCAAAAAUGGGAAAUACCCCAGUAAUUCUAAAUAUCCCAGCAACGGGAAGUCCCCCAACAACGGAAAGUAUCCCGGCAACGGGAAGUCGCCCUUUGGCAAUGGGAAGUCCUACAGUGGGGGCAGCAGCAGCGCCAAGGCGACUUCGGGGGGCAAAUCCUCAGCAACGAAAAACUCCCUGGGCAAAAGCGGGAACCAGGCGUACGCUGGAGCUGGCGGAGUCCGGAAGCCGGGCAACAGCUACCGGCAGGCUGUGCGAGGAGCCCGCGGCUACAAAGGAGAGAAGGGGGAACCAGCAGUCAUCGAACCCGGGAUGUUGGUGGAAGGCCCUCCUGGCAAAGAAGGCCCUCCGGGUAUCAGUGGGCCCCCAGGCACGCAGGGGCCACCUGGACCGCCCGGCGACACUGGCGAGAGGGGGCCCCCUGGGCGCCACGGUAUCCCUGGCUCGGACGGUGUCCCUGGACCCCCCGGGACCUCCAUGAUGCUUCCGUUCCGCUUUGGGAGCAGCGGUGGGGACAAGGGGCCUGUUGUCUCCGCACAAGAAGCCCAGGCCCAGGCCAUCUUACAGCAAGCCCGUCUGGCCUUGCGUGGCUCCCCCGGACCGAUGGGAUAUACUGGCCGCACUGGGCCCUUGGGGCAACCCGGCAGCCCCGGCUUAAAGGGUGAGCCAGGAGACUUUGGCCCGCAGGGGCCGCGGGGACCCCACGGGCUGACUGGCCCACCAGGGAAGCCGGGACGCCGGGGUCGUGCUGGAGCUGAUGGGGCCCGGGGCAUGCCUGGAGAAUCUGGCACUAAGGGCGACCGUGGCUUCGACGGGCUCCCGGGCCUGCCCGGGGAAAAGGGACAUCGGGGUGACUCCGGCUCACAAGGCCCCCACGGCCCCCACGGCGAAGACGGUGAGAGGGGAGACGAUGGAGAAGUGGGACCACGCGGGCUUCCUGGAGAACCGGGCCCCCGAGGUUUGCUGGGCCCCAAAGGGCCCCCAGGAAUCGCAGGCCCACCGGGUGUGCGUGGCAUGGAUGGGCCGCACGGGCCGAAGGGGAACCUGGGGCCACAAGGGGAGCCGGGCCCCCCCGGUCAGCAGGGAACACCUGGAACUCAGGGCCUGCCAGGACCACAAGGCGCUAUGGGGCCUCCUGGGGAAAAGGGCCCCAGUGGGAAACCUGGCCUGCCGGGGAUGCCUGGCUCGGAUGGGCCCCCGGGCCACCCUGGGAAAGAAGGUCACCCUGGAAGCAAAGGAAACCAGGGCCCAUCUGGGCCUCAAGGCCCGAUUGGCUACCCAGGCCCUCGCGGUGGGAAGGGAGUUGAUGGCAUCCGUGGCUUGAAAGGGCACAAGGGAGAGAAGGGAGAAGAAGGAUUUACUGGCUUCAAGGGGGACGUGGGGCUGAAAGGUGACCGGGGGGAAGUCGGUGUCCCGGGAUCCCGAGGUGAGGAUGGCCCGGAAGGUCCCAAAGGCCGGACGGGCCCCCCUGGAGAUCCAGGCCCCCUCGGGUUAGUCGGAGAGAAGGGGAAACUGGGUGUUCCUGGCCUGCCUGGCUACCCGGGGAGACUGGGCCCCAAGGGCUCGCAAGGCUUCCCCGGAUUCCCUGGGACAAACGGCGAGAAGGGAGGACGGGGUCUCUCUGGGAAGGCAGGCCCCCGAGGCGAGCGUGGCCCCACGGGACCCAGAGGUCAGCGUGGGCCACGAGGAGCCACCGGGAAGCUGGGAGCAAAGGGCACCUCCGGCAGCGAAGGACCCGCCGGACCUCCCGGGGAGCGGGGGCUGCCCGGACCACAAGGGCCGAAUGGGUUCCCCGGACCAAAAGGACCCCCGGGCCCCCCUGGGAAGGACGGGCUCCCUGGCCACCCUGGACAGCGUGGAGAAGUUGGCUUCCAAGGAAAGACUGGCACCACCGGGCCUCCGGGCGUGGUGGGGCCGCAGGGCCCCGCGGGAGAAACUGGACAGAUGGGAGAGAGGGGGCACCCGGGCCCGCCUGGACCGCCCGGGGAACAGGGCCUGCCUGGACCAUCCGGCAAAGAAGGCACCAAGGGGGAUCCUGGCCCAGUUGGGGCUCUAGGGAAGGACGGCCCAGCGGGACUGCGAGGAUUUCCUGGAGAACGUGGCCUGCCCGGGACUCCCGGUGGUGGCGGUUUGAAAGGCAACGAGGGACCCGCUGGCCCCCCAGGCCCAGCCGGGUCUCCGGGGGAGAGGGGAGGGCCUGGGUCUGGAGGCCCCAUCGGACCGCCGGGAAGGCCCGGGCCCCAGGGGCCGCCUGGCCCAGCUGGGGAGAAGGGAGUUCCCGGUGAGAAAGGCCCCCUUGGCCCGGCUGGCCGUGAUGGAGUCCAGGGUCCUGUUGGGCUGCCUGGGCCAGCAGGCCCUCCGGGGGGCCCAGGCGAGGAUGGCGACAAGGGCGAAGUGGGCGACGCGGGGCAGAAGGGGGCCAAAGGCAGCAAAGGGGAGCACGGGCCGCCUGGGCCACCCGGUCCGUUGGGAGGCGUCGGGCAGCCGGGAGCGGCAGGUGCGGAUGGAGAGCCCGGCGCCAGGGGUCUGCAAGGCCACUUUGGGGCCAAAGGGGACGAGGGAACGCGCGGAUUCAACGGCCCCCCUGGGCCAAUUGGUUUGCAGGGCCUGCCGGGACCCUCUGGGGAGAAGGGCGAGACGGGUGACGUGGGGCCUAUGGGCCCCCCCGGACCACCAGGGCCACGAGGCCCGGCCGGACCCUCUGGAGCUGACGGUCCGCAAGGCCCCCCGGGAGGUAUAGGGAACCUUGGCCCCCCAGGGCAGAAGGGUGAGCCUGGCGAACAAGGGGGGCCCGGAGUCCCUGGAGAGCUAGGUGGGAAGGGCCCGCGGGGUGAAAGAGGGGAGAAGGGAGAAGCGGGGGCUGCAGGUGAGCCUGGACCUCCGGGUGGGAAAGGCCCGACUGGGGACGACGGACCCAAGGGGAACCCGGGCCCAGUGGGUUUCCCCGGAGACCCAGGACCCCCGGGUGAAAUGGGACCCCGCGGCCAAGAUGGAGCCAAAGGAGACCGGGGAGAAGACGGAGAGCCAGGGGAGGCGGGUUCUCCAGGCCCAACUGGUGAGAAUGGCCCUCCCGGCCCUCCAGGGAAGAGGGGCCCAGCUGGUACUCCAGGCCCCGAAGGGCGGCAGGGGGAGAAAGGCGCCAAGGGAGAAACGGGUGCCCUUGGACCUCCUGGGAAGACGGGGCCGGUGGGCCCUCAGGGAACUCCUGGGAAACCCGGAACAGAUGGGCUGCGGGGGAUCCCCGGAUCAGUGGGCGCACAAGGCAAACCAGGGGCCACGGGUCAGGCUGGGCCCCCGGGACCAGUGGGCCCCCCAGGUUUGCCUGGGCUAAAAGGCGACUCUGGACCCAAAGGAGAGAAGGGCCACCCUGGUCUCAUCGGCCUGAUCGGACCUCCGGGAGAGCAGGGGGAGAAGGGAGACCGAGGCCUGCCUGGCCCACAAGGCACCAAGGGGCCCAAGGGAGAGACCGGAAUCCCCGGUCCAACUGGUCCCAUUGGCCCUGGAGGGCCCCCCGGACUUCCUGGUCCACCUGGCCCCCAAGGUGCUAAAGGAGCCACGGGUCAAGCAGGCCCCAAAGGUCAGCGUGGGCUCCCCGGACCACCAGGACACCCGGGCCCCCCCGGCGAAGUGAUCCAGCCGCUGCCCAUCCAGAGGCCCAAGAAGAACAAGCGGUCCAUCGACGGCAGCCAGAUUGUUUGGGAGGAGGGGAUGGCAUCGGACACCGCUGGCCACACCGCCGCCGAGGGCAUGGAGGAAAUCUAUGGCUCCCUCAACUCCCUCCGGCAGGAAAUCGAGCAAAUGAGGAAGCCGCUGGGCACUCCAGAGAGCCCCGCCCGCACGUGCCAGGACCUGCAGCUGUGCCACCCAGAGCUGCCCGACGGUGAAUAUUGGAUCGACCCCAACCAGGGCUGCUCUCGGGACUCCUUCAAGGUCUACUGUAAUUUCACGGCAGGGGGCGAGACGUGCAUCUUCCCCAGCCAGGAGAUUCAGGAGGUUAAGAUGUCUGCGUGGGAACAGGAGACGUCCCAGAGCUGGUUCAGCCAGUUCCAGACGGGCAGCAAGUUCUCCUACGCGGACGCUGACGGCAACCCCCUGGGCGUGGUGCAGCUGAACUUCCUGCGACUGCUCAGCACCUCGGCCCGGCAGAACUUCACCUACCACUGCCAGCGCUCGGUGGCUUGGCACAGCCGCAGCCCGGCCCCAGGGGGCUACCAGCAUGCCCUGCGCUUCCAGGGUGCCAACGAGGAGGACAUGAGCUACGACAACAGCCCCUACAUCAAGGCCCUGGCGGACGGUUGUGCGCUGCGGAAAGGGUCCGACAAGACCGUGCUGGAGGUGAACACGCCCCGCGUGGAACAGCUUCCCCUUCUGGACGUGCGCGUGACGGACUUUGGGGAGCCCAGUCAGAGGUUUGGGUUCGAGGUGGGACCGGUGUGUUUCCUCGGCUAGAGCUGAAUCCCUCAGCCCACUGCGCUCCCCGACAGCUCCCCGUCGACCUCCCCCCAAUUCCCAGUGGAACAAAAUCCGUCCCUCCCACCCCCCACCAGCCGCAACCGAAGAGGAUCCGUCCGACCUCCUCCUGUACCUCAGCAAGAGACCGCUCCGGUCCACCAACGGGCAAGCGAGCGAUGCCCUCGUCCCCUCAGCCAGCCCUCUUCCUCGCCUCGCUGGCACCACAGCCAACCUUUCCUGGCCCUGGCCAAAGAGUAGGAGGGCACAGCCCUGCUCCUUCCCCCACAAAGCUGCCUCGGCCAGGACGGAGGCCAAAUCCAGUCCUGCUCCACAGCCCCUUCUGCCACUUGCCCAGCCCCCCAGGAGGGAAUCCUGCCCCACCAAUUAGCCCUCGGAGGGGAGCGUCUCUUGCAUUGUCUAACCCAUGCUGGUUGGGUUGAAGCCGGUACCAAACCGCCCCCCAGGCCAAGCCAAAGGAUCAGGUGCUCCUUCUGGGUGUGGGCCGUGGGGCUUUGCGGGGGCUACAGCUGUGCCUGGAACCCGCUCAGGGCUCCCCGUCUCAGCCCGAGCCACACGAAGUUCAGCUGCCUCCCCCCCCCCACACCCCCUACUCUCCGUGGCUUCUGUCUUCUUAAUGUCCUUCGGCCCAAACUUCACUCCACGAGCCACCCAACGCGAGAAACUGUGUAUUUUAUUUUGUUUUUAUAAAAUUUAAAUUAAUUAUAUUAUUUAACGGAGUGGAUAUAAAAAAAAAGACUAUUUUCAUCUCCUGCUGUGCAUUUCGUCUUUAGACAAAGAAAAGGAGAAAAAUGAGUUUCACACCCAAUUUUGGUGCUCGGGAAAUUAAAAACACGUCUAUUGUUGUCUCUUGGCUGCCUGCAAAUUCAAAGUUUUUUUUUUAUUAUUAUUAAGGGUGCCCCCCCCCUAGCUUUUUUGUUUUCUAAAAAGCAGCGAGGGCGCCCUCUGGUGCUGGGAACAGGCAGGCCACGGCCGUGUAAUGUUUUGUAAGUAAUUUGUGGAAAUUGUAUUGUGAAAUAGACGCUCUCUAAUUUU